UAUCCCCGUAUACACGCACGGAACUUUUCGUUAAGUGGUCGAUCCGUUGUCGCGUAAACAAUAUUACAGUACAAUAUUAUUUUCCAUCACUUCAAACCGAUCACAAGGUCAGCAAAGCAAUCUUUCGCAAUGUAUCGCUAAUACGAUCCAUCCACGCGUUACUCCGACUCGUAGCGCAAACAUAGUUUCGGAUAAGUAAAAAUCGUUUUAAACUCGCCGCACACGUUGAUCGUCUAUAAAACGAACCGACCACUCUUCAGAUGUACCGUUCAGCACCACCGCGAUCACCCAUCGAAUAAGCUUUUUCCCAUAUAUUAUUGUUCUCGUCCUGUCGCUCAACAGUACUUGCACAUUUCUAUCAGUGCCGCGCUUGCGUUACCGCUGCACGUAUUUCAACGAUGGACGUCGCGAGUGAUAGGUCGGCCAUUGUCGCGUCCAGCUGGUCGUUGGACCCGGUGCUCGGUUGGACAGUGGUGGCCGCGCUAACCGUCUUCGUGCUCUUGUACCGCUUCUCAACGUCUGGCCACGACCGGUGGCGGACAGCGAACGUGCCGCACGAUCGGCCGAUGCCGCUGUUCGGUAAUACGUUCCGCAUGUUUACGGGGCUCGAAUACCCGGUGGACUUCUUCGACCGUGUGUACAAGCGGUUCGCCGGCGAGAAGGUGUGCGGCCUGUACCAGAUGACCACGCCAUUUCUAAUGGUCCGCGACCCUGAACUGAUCAGCAGAAUCACCGUCCGCGACUUCGGGCACUUCACCGACCACGGGUUGGACACCGACCCGGAGAUCAACGUGCUAGCCAGCAGCCUGUUCUUCCUGAACGGCCACCGGUGGAAGAACAUGCGCCAGAAGCUCAGCCCGGGGUUCACGACGGGCCGGCUGAAGGACGCGCAUGACCGGAUCGUCGAGUGCGUGAACCGGUUGACCGUGACCAUCGACCAGCAGAUGUCCGCGUCCGGUGGCGAAGGGAUCGAGUUGAAGAAGCUAUCUGCCGAGUUCUCUACCAACGUCAUAGCCACGUGCGCGUUCGGCCUGCAGCUGGACGACACCUCGGAGUUCCGCAAGUACAGCGACAAGCUGUCCGAGUUAAGCCUCCAGCAACAGCUCAGCCAGAUGCUGAUCAUGCUGUGCCCAAAGCUGGUGAAGUUCUUUAAGCUGAAACAGUUUCCGGAGGACACGACGCAAUUCUACCGUGCGGUGUUCACCGACCUUAUCAGGUACAGGCACGAGAACAACGUGGUCGGAAACGACGUGGCGCAGACCCUGAUGCAAGCCAGGAAAGAGUUGGUGCUUGACGUCAGUGAUUCGACCGAAAAAGCUAAGUUCACCGAAAUGGAUAUUAUCUCGAACGCAAUCCUACUGUUUGUGGCCGGAUCCGAAACAGUGUCCGUCACAAUAUGCUUUUUGCUGUAUGAAUUAGCACUGAAUAAGGACGUUCAGGAUAAAGUACGCGAAGAGAUUAUCAAGGUUAUUAAGAAAAAUGGUGGACAGUUAAGCUACAACUGUUUUACUGAUCUUCAUUACCUGAAUAUGGUUUUGGAAGAGGUUUCCCGUUUGUACUCGAUCACAUUAUCGUUGUUCAGAGAAGUGACGGAAGAUUAUAAAGUACCCGGUUCAUCAUUGGUCAUCAGAAAAGGACAAAAGAUUAUUAUACCAACAUACAGCAUUCACCACGAUCCGAAAUAUUAUCCCGAUCCCUUCAAGUUCGAUCCAGAGAGAUUCUCCGAGGAAGAAAAAUCUAAACGACCCAACGGCACUUAUCUGCCGUUUGGCGAUGGGCCUCGGUUGUGUUUAGGAAAACGAUUAGCCGAGUUGGAAAUGAAACUGGUCUUAUCAAUAAUCCUACAAAAGUUCGAAGUAAUGCCUUGCGAAAAAACCGAAAUUCCUCUACAAGUAAAAGCAAUGGCAGGUCUUUUUUCUCCGAAAAAUGGUCUUUGGUUGUGUUUUAAGCCAAUCGUAGUUUACAACGACUAGUUAACGAGUUGACCAGGCAGAUAUAUUUUCUUAUUAAAUAAU